AUGUUAAUUUCUUCCAGGUUAGAAUAAUUAAUAAAAAUAGAUAAAAAAACUAUAAUGUUACAAAUUUCUUUGGAUUCGCCCUGUAAAAAGGCUUAAGAAAGUCUGCUUAUUAAUACUAGAGGAGUUGUAUCAAAAUAAAAUAUCAUAUAAAUUUUGGUAUUUUACAUUUUGCUUUCGCUUAUUGACCUUGCUUUAUUGAUUCAGUAUCCUCACAAUUCAUAAUACAUCAUCCCUAAACUCUCUAUUAGUAUCUUGAUGGCUAUCAUAAUAACUUUAUUUUAGAAAAAACUUACUCAUAUGAUUAUCAAUAUUUUUUUGGUUGUGGUAAAAUUAAAUUCAAUCCUUUUUCUUUUAUUGAUUGGAUAAGAUUAUAUAUUAAUAGUAGCAUUAAUUUGCGAACACAAUAAUUACCCAGCAAAUUUUGAACACUUAGAAUAUUCUGUUCAAAAAAUCAUAUUAAAAAUCGUCUGUUUAGUGAUUAUGAUCAUUAAAUUUAAAAUUAUGGAUAUUUUUAUGAUUGGAAGUGUUUUGUUGUUGGAAAUAUACUAAAUAGGUUUACUUUUAAAAUAAUCAAAAAAUUAAAAUAUUGGAGAAUUAUUUAGCUCUUUUUAAAAUAAAAUUAAUAGAGAAACCUUCACAAUAUAUUCUAAAGAGAACACUUGGAUAAGUAGAAUAUCGACUCUCCCUAUAUGUUUCAUAAUGAUUUCCAAAAAAGAUAUGAAAUUGACCUAUAAAAAUCAUAAUGUCUACACCCAUUUUUCUUCAAUCUGUAAAACUGAGGAAGAAUACGAUAAAUUAAUUCUAAAUUAAUUGGAAUUUUCUAUUAUUUCGGAAUGCUAUGAAGAUUAAAAGAACAUCGCCACGGAUCAACAUAUAAAGAAGAAUAGACUGAGGAAUAAUUUGUCAUCCAAAAAACGUAAUUAAGAAAACAAGGAUUUUUCAGAAUAAGAAAGCAUCAAUCCAUAAUUCAAGGAAACAAAUAAAUUACUUGAAAUUUUAGAAAACUAUAAGGAGGGCAAAUUAUGGGAUACCAUGAAUUCGAUUAAUAAUUCUUUAGAACUAUUCUGUUAACAUUUUUGGGAAGAUAAUAAAUGCUCAACUUAUAGUGGGUAGAUUAUAAUCAAUCAAGAUGAUGAUGAAAUUAUUUUAACAUUGAUUGACAUAUCUAAACAAAACAAGUAUUAUGAUGAGAUGAUCAAAGACUAAUUUAAGACUUCAAUUGCCCAAUCCUUCUCACAUGAAUUAAGAACUCCUUUGAAUAGUUCAUGUAACUUCUUAUAAUACUGUUUAAACCAUAAAAGUGUUGAGGAAGAGAUUAAAAACAACUUCAUCCAACCUGCCAUCAAUGCUUUAAGAUUUUAAUCCUAUUUGAUCAAUGAUAUUAUUGAUUUUAGCUCAUUAUGUGCUGAUAAUUUGGAAUUGGAUAUUAAAGAUUUUCUCAUUAAGGAUUUAGUUGAUGAAGUCAAUAAAUUGUUUAAAUCUGUUAUAGAAAUGAAGAAUCUAAUAUUGUAUGUUGAUUUAUUGGAAAAUUAAUUAAAUAGUCUUUGCACAGACUUUUCUAGAUUAGUCUAAAUUAUUGUAAAUAUCCUCUAGAAUUCUAUUAAAUAUUCAAAUUCUGGAUAUAUCCUUAUGAAGUUGACUUCUUUUUCUUAAAAUUACUUAAAGAUUACUAUUAAAGAUGAAGGAUUUGGAAUAGAAGAAGAUAGAUUAAUCAAACUGCAUUAAAUGCUUUUGGAUGUCGAAUAAAAAUAAAACUUUUCUUAAUAUAAAUCUUGGCAUGGAUUUGGUCUGCUGAUCUCCUCUAUGUUAUUAUCGAAACUAUGUCCUGCGGAUUACAAAUCCUUAUUAAUUCGAUCUGGGGGAAAAGGGCAAGGAACUAAAGUGACUUUCUACAUAUAGAAUCAUAAAUUAAGUCAUUCCUCUUCUAGUCUCCAUUAAAAGGAUAAACCAAUAAGAUUUAACAGCAAACUCAGAUAAAGCAAUCCGUCAGGAUCAAAUCAUCAUCUGUCUCUAAAUGGAACACUUAUCUAAAUCAGUGACUUAUUUGUCUCUAAUAGAAAGGUUAAUAUCAAUACUCAAUUUGUAAAAAAAGUAACUCUUAAAUCUGUUAAAUCUAAUGAAAAUUCAAUUUUCUCUGAUAGUAUAAUAAACUUAGAUUAAGAUUUACAAAUAUCAGAACUGCAUCACUUACAACCUUUUUUAUUUACAGAAAAUGCUAAAUAGAAAUCUAAAUUAAGUAAAUAAGACUAAUCUCCCAAAAGUAAUCAUCAAUAAACUAAAAUUGUAAGUUAUAAAUAAUUAAAGCUUUAAGAAGAUUAAGAUAGCGAGCAAUAUCUAAAAACAAUCAUGAGGAAGAAGAAAUGUACUUGUAAAAGAAUAUUGUCAGUAGAUGAUGAAAUUUUUAAUUAAAAAUCUAUUCAAUUUUUAUUAACUCAAUAAGGAUUUGAAGUCUCUUUGGCAUUCAAUGGCUAAGAAGCAAUUCAAAUAGUUUAAGAUACUCAGAAAUGUAAUGUUAACUGCAGUUUAUUUUUAUUAAUUUUGAUGGAUUAUCAGAUGCCAAUAAUGAAUGGAUUGUAGGCCACUAAGCAAUUGAGAUAUAUGAUGGAUUAGCAUUAAAUACCAUAGAUUCAUAUCAUAGGAUUAACAGCAUUUAAUAGUAAGAAUGAUAUUCUCAUGUGUUUAAAUUCUGGCAUGAGCGAUGUAUUAACAAAGCCAUUGAUUAUAAAAGACCUUUUUGAGAUAUUGCAACUCAUUUGA